AUGAUCAAGCAAGCACCCGCAACAAUGUCGGCAGGUGGGUACUAUGCGCUGAUGGGCGCCACCGCCGUUUCGGCGAUUCUCGUUGGCGUCACAAUCUUCUCGUACGUCUCGAUUCUUGGCGAUAUUCAAGGAUUCCAGGAGGACUUCUCGCAGGAGAUGAUCAUUUUUAAGGAGAAGGCCAACGAUGCCUGGUCGCAGAUGAUGGCCUCGCGGCGAGUUGAGGCGAUCAAUGAGAAGUCGGCGUUCGUGGGAUUGUUCGGCAGAGUUCGCCGACAGUACUCCGAGGCCGCUGGUGGCGGUGGUGGCGGUGGUGGUGGAUGCCACGCCGGCGUCGCCGAGCAGAGCAACUCCGGAGGCGGUUGCGUUCAGUGUCCGGCUGGACCGCCGGGACCACCAGGCCCCGACGGAAACCCGGGAGGACCCGGACCCGACGGACCACCAGGAACACCGGGUGACGCGGGACCACCGCCAGUGCCAGGACCACCAGGACCACCGGGACCGCCGGGACCCGACGGCCUACCGGGACAGCCGGGACAGGACGGACAGCCGGGUGCGCCCGGAAUGCGCACCACCAACACGCCGGGACAGCCGGGACCGCCAGGACCGCCAGGAGCGCCAGGACAGCCGGGACCCGACGGGCAGGGCUCACAAGCGCAACCGGGACCACCAGGACCACCGGGACCGCCAGGAAAUCCCGGACAGCCGGGAGGACCGGGGCAACCAGGAGCGCCGGGCACCGACGGACAACCGGGAACCGACGCCGCCUAUUGCCCGUGUCCGCCAAGAACCGGAGCCAUCGAGGGUGGUGGAGGCGGUGGAUAUAGUAGCGGUGGAGGAGGAGCUGGAGGAGCCGCCGGAGGAUAUGGAGGAGGCGCUGGAGGAGCUGGAGGAGCCGCCGGAGGAUAUGGAGGAGGCGCUGGAGGAGCUGGUGGAGCUGGAGGUGCCGCCGGAGGAUAUGGAGGAGGCGCUGGAGGAGCCGGAGGUGCCGCCGGAGGAUAUGGAGGAGGCGCUGGAGGAGCCGGAGGUGCCGCCGGAGGAUAUGAAGGAGGUGCUGGAGGAGCCGGAGGUGCCGCCGGAGGAUAUGGAGGAGGCGCUGGAGGAGCCGGAGGUGCCGCCGGAGGAUAUGAAGGAGGUGCUGGAGGAGGAGCUGCCGGAGGCGCUGGUGGCUACUCUGGAGGAGCUGGAGGAGCCGGCGGCGGCAGCUACCCAUCACGCCGAAACAUCUAA